ACAUAGACACACACCCUUUAAGGAUUAUGCAGAGUUAUUUUUUGAAAUGCACAGGGAUGGUAUCAGUUCUAUGUUAAUUGUGCAGUGAACGCGCUUUGUCUGAAGGUCGUGUUUAUUCGCGUCGGGACUCCACGCAUUUUCUGUUUGCAAUGGAUCCGCGAGCUUUCGCCUUGUGCACGAGGUCAUGGCACGUCACGUUUGUUAUGUUUUCCACACUGUGGGGCUUAGCUUUCACCGUGACGCGGUACUCGAUCCCGGAGGAAACAGCAGAAGGAACUGUGGUGGCAAAUUUAGCCUCAGAUUUGGGGCUGGAAGCGCAGAGCCUCGCGGAGCGCAACGUAAAGCUCGACUACAUCCACAGCAAAAAAUACCUGGACAUCAACAAAGAGACGGGAGAAAUGUUCAUCACCGAAACGAUCGACAGAGAGCACCUCUGUCCUGCAAAGACGUCCUCAUCCUGCUUCCUUAAAAUGGACGUUGUAAUCGAGAAUCCGUUACGCAUCUUCAACAUCGAGCUGGAGAUCCUGGACAUCAAUGAUAACGCCCCUCAGUUCAGGAGGGAGCGCAUCCCGCUGGAUAUCUCAGAAUCUGCAAGGCCUGGAGAGAAAUUUUCUUUAACUAACGCAGUCGAUGCUGAUGUCGGACAAAACUCGAUCAAGACUUACUUCCUGAGCCAAAGUGACGAGUUCACUAUUGAGAUUCAGUCAGGAAGUGACGGCACGAAAUACGUGGACCUCGUUCUCCAAGCACCUCUGGACAGAGAAAAGCAGGCUGUGCAGAGCCUCAUCCUUACAGCUGUGGAUGGUGGCACCCCGGCGCGGACCGGGACCGCCACCGUCGUUGUGAAAGUACUGGACACCAACGACAACACUCCUCAGUUCGACAGGCAGGUGUAUUCAGUGGAUCUGGUCGAAAACGCCCCACUUGGUACGCUGGUCAUGCAGCUCAACGCAACAGAUAGAGAUGAAGGCACCAAUGCUGAGGUGGCGUACUCAUACACUCUGUACACAUCUGAAAAAACACAGGAGAAGUUCUCUCUGAAUCCCCAAAAUGGAGAAAUCCGAGUGAACGGCGUCAUCGAUUAUGAGGAGGCAAGAAGUUUUGAAAUGUACAUUGAAGCCAAAGACAAAGCAGUAAGUCCACUUUCGGCACAAUGCAAAAUACUGGUGUUUAUCACAGACUUAAAUGAUAAUUAUCCUGUCAUCACAGUUAAAUCGUUCAAAAGCUCAGUUAAGGAGAAUGAGCCUGUGGGAACGCUGAUAGCUGUGGUCAGUGUGAGUGACAGAGACUCUGGAGAUAACAGCAAAGUCUUUCUUUCUUUAAACAACGCUGAGGUUUUGCCUUUUCUUCUCAACAAAUCAUCCGAGGAUUACUUCGAACUGAUUAUCAAAGACCCAUUAGACCGUGAGAAAGACUCUAGUUAUGAGAUCUUACUCCAUGUCAUAGACAGAGGAACUCCACCAUUAACUGACAACGAGACCAUUAGCUUGGAGAUCCUGGAUGUGAACGACAAUGCUCCUGUGUUUCCUCAGUCGUUUUACAUGAUUCACCUGCCUGAAAACAAUGAGCCAGGUGAGCUUCUCUGCUCUCUCACUGCACACGACCCGGACCUGAAUGAAAACCAGUACCUUGUCUAUUUCAUAGUUGAAAAGGAGAUCUCUAACACGUCUGUGUCUAUGUUGUUCUCUGUGAACCCAGAAAAUGGGAACCUGCAUGCACUGCGCACCUUCGACUACGAGCGUGAGAAGGAGUUUCUCUUUCACAUAGAAGCUCGAGACUCUGGCAUCCCACCCCUCAGUAGCAAUGCCACAGUGCGUGUGAUCAUUCUUGACCAGAACGACAAUGCACCUCAAAUCGUAUCACCGUGGAGGGCACACGACACUAUCAUCGACCAGGUGAUCCCACGGGCUGCUGAUCAGGGCUCUCUGGUGGCGAAGGUAAUCGCACUGGAUGCAGACUCAGCACAGAACUCGCGUGUCACUUACCAGUUCCUCCAGGUCACUGAUGCAUCACUGUUCACUUUGGACCGCUACAACGGUGAGGUGCGGACCGCUCGCAUGUUCACCUACCGAGAUCCCAAAUACCAACGGCUUGUGAUUGUAGCCAAAGAUAACGGAGAUCCUCCACAAUCUGCCACGGUCACCAUCAAAGUUUCCACUGUGGAGCAAGUAAUGGUCACGCAGUUAACAGAGACGACAGAGAUGCCGAUGGAGUAUGACCUGUUCACAGAUUUGAACCUGUAUCUCUUGCUUAGUCUGGGUUCUGUGUCUUUUCUGCUGCUCAUCACCAUUUUGGUUAUCAUCGUGCUGAAGUGCCAGAAGCCCAGACCCUCCAAAGCAGCUGUUCAUGGUCGAAACAGUGUCACCAGCCAGAGGAACUCGACCAUCGGUGACUCCACCCUCAUUUCCAGUGAUGCUUACUGGUACAGUCUGUUUCUAGCUGAAACACGGAAAGGAAAGGUAGUAGUUCGACAGCCAUUACCUAACGGCACCGGUUUCAUCGUGUCCAGUAUACCACGGAGUGCUGCUCUCACAACCACCAGCGAAUCCAGAUCUUCCACACUGCAGGACUCCAGCAGUGACCUACCUUGAUCCUGAAUCUUCCUCACCAACCAUUGCUCAUGAAGAGAACACCGAUCUUGAUCUAGUUGGAGAACUCAUGAGAAUUCAGUUCUGAUAAACUCUUGUGACACAUGAAAAACCUCAUCUCACCAACCCUCUGUAUUUCUCAUCCUCCUGUAACCACAACAACAACGUUGCAUGGCUAAGAAGACUUUGUGUGACUUAAAUGAGUCCUGAAGGACUCUGGAUAUCGAGAGGAAGAAAGAAGAUGAUUAAAAAAUAAACCGUGGAUUUGUGACA